AGAAAGAACAGUAAAAAUGCAGGCAGGGCGCCGGACAAAGCACUCGGGACAAAAUUGAAUUUAGUGAAUGUCACUUUUAAAAUUUUAAAAUUUCCCGCCAGUUCCAUCCCCCGUACGUCCCGACAUUGCAGGGAUCGGAACCCAGAAGACGGAUGCCGGCAUCAGCCAGAGGACAUUACAGGGGACACUGCAGGAGGGACAUCGCGGGAGCGCAAGAGAAGGUAAGUGAAGAAGAGAUCCCGGAGCAACGCUGCAGUGUAUUCCCGAGUGUAGCUCGGGGGGGUUACCGCUUGUGGU